UCUAUCGCCGAAGAGCUCCUCACUGAAGAGAUUCACACCAACGCCGACGACGUUAUUUCAUAUGCCCAUCGUUCGUUCGUCAUGGCCCGGAAACACGACUGGGACCAUGCUCUUGAUGAUGCAAUCGACUCCAUCAACAUUCGGCCAUCAUUGGUAGGCUUCAUCUCCAAAGGCAUCGCCCUCUGCGGAAAAGGUCACAUCCGGGAAGCAAGGAUAGCAUUCGACGUUGCAUCCAUGUUCACCAACCAAAAUUCAAAAACCAACCAAUUUCUUCUCUUGAUCAAGGCUAUCGUACUCUUCAGCGCAGAUCAACACGAGGAAGCAAUGCUGCUCAUCAAAGACUUGGCUGUCGCUUGUCCCGAUGUCGAUCCUCUCGCGCGUCAUGUCGUGGAAACAUAUCUACGUGUUCAGCUCGGAAUCAAAGCUUUCGAUAGCGCGCAUCACGACGAAGCCGCUGAUCACUUCACUGCGGCUGUUAACUCAGACGCUUUCUCGUCGAAAUACAUUCAUUUCCUAUACCAGGACUUGACCGUGCUCUUCGGCUGGGAUCUCGAGUCCUUGUUGCUCACUACACACCAGAAACGGUGCCAGGCAUUCCUUUCGGCAGGUAAACUCGACGAAGCCCUCGCAGCACACAAAUCCAUGAUGGACGCCAUCGACGACAUUGCGAAGGCCAGCUGUCUCGAUUGGUCCAACGAGUUCAAGGAGAAAUGCAGCACGCUCGCUGCGGACAACGACCGUAUUCUUGGCGCAGAGAUCCCCGGUCAAGAUCACGAUGGAUAUGAUGCAGAUCCCAAUUUCUUCUAUGGAAUGCAUGAACAUUCUCAGAUUUCCAGGCCAAGACUUCAACAGCGCCCUGGGCGCCUCAACAGACUUAGGCUCGCUAUGACGAGGAGGCCUCGAGGCAGCUCCUGCACCUGCACCUGCACCUGCACCACCCACCACCUCACCACCAGUCGCUGUCACCACCACCAUCAAAACUCAUUUACGACACCUAUUCUCCCGGUCACCCCAUCAUGCAACGCCGCCCGCUGUCGAUGUUCAUUCGGCAAGGCUAAAGAGCGUAAUAUUGCUGCGAAUGCUCCUGGCCCAGACCCGGACAUAGUACCUGAUGAAUAUUUCGAUACUAUCGAACCGGACCCUGAUACGCAACAGCAACAGCAGCCGCACCAGCAAGCAGUAGCAGUACAUACAGACCCUGGCGAACAUGGAGGCAGAAAGUCCUGUGUUUGCUGCUAGCGGGUUUUUGAAUAUCUCUCGAAUACUUAGACAUAUCGUCGAUCUUGUUAUGAUAUCUUUAUCGACUUAAAGCAGUAUUCUAUCGAUAGGUCAUUGAUUGA